AUUGUUGGUAAGAAAACAUCGAUCUCGAAUAAUUUUCUUUCCAAUUAAAAGUGAUUAAAUUCAAUCACAAUAACCUUACAAUGACUUUAUCAAUCAUCUCCAAUAUUAAAUAACUCUCAAAGUUAAAUUGUCUUAAUUGUUUCUUCAUUUUAAUUCUCUGAAUAAACUUGAUAAUAGUUUUCUUUUUAUAUUCCAAAUGAAUUGAAGUUGAGUGAUUUAAGAAUAAUGAUUCUAAUUGAUUGUAACCAAUUUCCUUGUGGAUUAAUAGGUAAUUCAAAAGUGUUUCAAUCAUCAUCAAAAUCAUCAUCAAAAUCAUCAUCAUCAUCAUCAUCGUUAUCAUGUAAUGAUGAUCGUACCAUGAUGAGAGGUGUUAAUUGUGCAAGUAAAUCAAUGAUAAUAAGUAAACCAGUUAAUUGUUCAUUGCCAUUAAAUUACGUUAAUUGGAUUGUAAAUAUUUUGUUAAAAGUGAUCAUAUGUUUCAUUUUGAUACCAACAAUCAUCUUACCAUUAUCAUCAUCAUCUCUAGUCCAAUCAAAACGAUUAAUUUCAGGUACUCAUGGAAUCAAGAAUCCACCAAAGUUUAUAGGAUCAGUUGAAAAUGUAACAAUUCCUAUCGGUAAAGAGGCAACAUUGAAAUGUAAUGUUGAUCAUCUUGGAAAUCAUAAGGUUCUUUGGCUUCGUGCUGAUCCUGAAAGUACUCAAUUGCUCACACUGGACACGUCCAAUAUUGCUAAAGAUUAUAGAUUAAGAGUGACCAAUGAUAAUAAUAGACUUUGGUCACUUCAUAUUAAAAAUGUUACCGAAAGUGAUAGAGGGACUUACAUGUGUGAAAUUAAUUCAGAGCCAAUGAUUAACCGGAAAGCAUUUCUUGAUAUAUUAGUUCCUCCUUCAAUUGUAGAUAAUGAGACAAGCUCAGACGUUGUUUUAGAUGAACGAAGUAAAUUAUCGUUACGUUGUAGAGCCAAUGGUUAUCCCACUCCCACCGUGAUCUGGAGACGAGAGGAUGGUAAAAAUUUGAGCACCGGAUUCAUCGGUGCAUCCAAAGUGGAAGGUGAAUAUUUGAAUAUAAGUCAAGUAACACGAGAAGACAUGGGAGCUUAUCUUUGUAUCGCAUCUAAUGGAGUCUUACCAUCAAGAAGUAAACGCAUUUUCGUCCAAGUUAAUUUUUCACCCAAAAUUCGUGCAGUCCAGUUGAGCGUUGGAGCGGUAAAAGGUUCUCAUGUUGACCUUCAGUGUGAAAUUGAAGCUUCACCUCGACCUUUGACCAGUUGGAUACGAAAAGAUGUGAUACUUUUACCUUCCAAUAAAUAUAAAAUAAUCGAAACGUUCAAUGGAUAUAAUAUAACCAUGAAAUUGAGGAUUAACGAUUUAGAGGAUAAAGAUUUUGCUGCUUACAUUUGUGUUGCCAAAAAUCCAUUAGGUGAACGAGAGGGUCGCCUAAGGGUAUAUGAUAUUCCUGCACCCACAACCGCCUUCUCAGUGCCUGUUAAAUCAACAUCUUCCACUCAUAAACCACCAAAGAAAGUUUUCACCGUUAGCACUCCAACCGUUAUUAGCACUGGUUACAAUAGGAAAGAUGAGAAGAAGAAAUCAAAUAACAUGAAAGAACUGAAUCAAAGAACAAUAUCAUCACCGAUUCCACCACCACCAGUACCACCGUCUAUACAAUCAUCUUCAUCUUCUUCUCCAUCUUCUGCUCCAUCAUUAUCAUCUAUUCAAUCUUAUCCUGAAUCAUUAUUUCUCUUUAUCCUCAUCCUAUAUCAACUUUCAUGAGAAUCUAUUAUCCUAACCUCAUCCUUUUACCAUGUUACUCAAUCGAUAUCAUGUAUCUAAAUAUUUACAGAUCUAAUGUUCAAAUCCCAUUUACUGACCACUAACAAUAGAUUUUUUUUUCCAUGAUAAUAAUAAAUAACGAAACACUUUCCAACAA